GGGUGAUAAGAGGUCUGUCUUCUCUUUCUUUCCUGUCUCGUUCUAAUCUCCAUAUCCGUCUUACUCCAUCUUUCUUCUGCUCUCUCCUCUCUGAUAAAAGUCCAUCAAAAUGUGGUGGAAAAACGCAACCAUCUACCAAAUUUACCCGGCCAGCUUCCGCGACAGCAACGGCGACGGCAUCGGAGACAUCGGGGGCAUCCACAGCCAACUAGACUACAUCCAGAGUCUGGGCGUGGACGCGAUCUGGCUAUGUCCGAUGUACGACUCCCCGCAACACGACAUGGGCUACGACAUCUCGAACUACGAAGCCGUAUACCCACCGUACGGGAGCGUGUCAGACAUCGAGCAGCUGAUCAGCGCGUGCCACGCCCGCGGGCUACGCAUCCUGCUCGAUCUCGUCGUGAACCACACCUCCGACGAGCACGCGUGGUUCCAGGAAUCGCGAUCGUCGCUCUCCUCCGCCAAGCGGGACUGGUAUAUCUGGCGCCCUGCGCGGUACGACGCCGAGGCAAGCGACGGGCGCCGAAUAACUGGCGGAGCUGUUUCGGCGGCAGCGCGUGGACGUGGGAUGAGACCACGGGGGAGUAUUACCUGCAUUUGUUUGCGACGCAGCAGCCGGACCUGAAU